GUUUCAAACGGUGGCGACCUUCGUUAUUCUGUGUAUACAAUGUCCGCUUGACAGGUUGUCAUUUCAUUUUCAAAAUCAAAGGUAUACAGUUCUUUGCUGUUAUAAUAAUCAGUUUGGAUGACACGUUAUAAACAUAGAACUACAAGAAGGUAUAAUGGCUGGGUCCAAUGUUACCGUAGCACCCACCAUUGGGGAGUGGUCAGCAGCGGUCUUUUAUGCAACGUCCAAAAAGUGGGUGUGUGGAAGGCUGUCAGUGACUGCCCAGUUGGUGAACUUUGUCCCCUGUGGUAAUUGUCUUGAUAAACCAGUUCAAAUAGUACUUGACCAUGUCACUGAUAUUCGGAAAGCAACAACUGGCCUCUUCUUUGGAGCCAUUGUCGUUACAGAUAGAAGCAAAUCCGAGACCUGGAUAUCUUCUCUCGAUGAUAGAGAAAGCACUUAUCGAAUGAUUGUUCAUUUUUGGAAGGCUUGCUUAUUUUCAAAAGAAACUGACAGCAAAACAAGUAGAGGUCCCCAAGUGCAAACAAAAAUGGGUCAAAAGUUGCUCAGUAUUGUCCAUGAUUCACAGGAGACGUUAUCAAAGGCUGCAGUUCAGUUAAAUUCUCAAGGUGGACAGAUAGCAAAUAUGAUGGACAUAAUGUCCGACAUUCACAAUGACCUUGACAUUAGUGAACGGCUGGUCGAAGAUGUGGACAGUUGGCUGGGAAGGUGGCAGAUUCCAAAACAAGUGGAAAAUAUUAAUCCGGUUUUUGUAAACAAAUCAGAUGUUCCACAGGUGUUUGAGUAUGAAAUAUUGUUUACAAAAUUAGAAAUGAAUAAAGCAAAUAUGAAACAAGUUGGCUCCAUGCGAUUGUCUCCGGAUGGAGUUACAAUUUUAACAAAUAAAAACACAAAUGAAUACCAUUUCACGUGGCCAAAUAUUUCCAAAAUCGAGGUGGUCACUCCAUGGGAGAUUAAAGUCAUCCGUCAUCAGAUUGGUAAAGCUGAUUUGGUAUAUUCUGCUGUCAGCGCCAACAUGGUUGCUAUUCUCAAGGUGUUGGACAGUUGUGCACGAUACAAACUGAAAUACUGCUCGCUUCCAGAGCAUGUGAGGAAAGCAAACGAGCGCAUAGCUUCCAGCCACAGUUUCCUUAUUUCAAAACAGACAUCAUCAGGCACAAGUAACCCAGGAUCCAGCACCAUUGCACACAAAUUUCAACCAGACUCUGCCAGCCAAUCCCAAACAAGGACAAUUCAAAUGAACCAAUCAGAACUUCUCUCUCUUAAAAUCAGUCAUCCACAGAAGGUUGUGAGUGACAAUGAGGCUGAAGAGAUAAGCAGUGCAUUAAAAAAUAUGAAAUCAUUGGCUCUUGCAAUACAAGAAGAGCAAACGAGUCAGAAUGCAAAGCUUGAUUCUAUCCUGAGCGAUGUAGAUGUGGCAAAUCAAAGACUUAAAAAUACAUCUGGGAAAAUUGAGAAACUGGCGUAAAACUUGUUAUUUAUGUUCUCACUUGUGAAUGUGAGGUUGUAUUUGGAAGUUGUCUACAUUGACUAAGCAACUUUGUAUAAUAAAAAUACCAUUAAAA